UGCCGCUGCGGGGCGGCGCGGCCCCGCCGUCGGGGCUCCGGCAGCGCCGGGCGCCGCUGGACGCCGAGCCCGACAGCGCCGGCAGCUUCGUGGAGAUGAUCGACAACCUGCGCGGCAAGUCCGGGCAGGGGUACUACGUGGAGAUGACGGUGGGCAGCCCCCCGCAGAAGCUGAAUAUCCUGGUGGACACAGGGAGCAGUAACUUCGCUGUGGGAGCUGCACCACACCCCUUCCUCCGGAGAUACUACCAGCGGCAGCUGUCCAGCACCUACCGCGACCUGCGGAAGGGAGUGUACGUGCCCUACACCCAGGGCAAGUGGGAAGGGGAGCUGGGCACUGACCUUGUCACCAUCCCCCACGGCCCCAACGUCACUGUCAGAGCCAACAUCGCUGCCAUCACGGAGUCAGACAAGUUCUUCAUCAACGGCUCCAACUGGGAGGGGAUCCUGGGUCUGGCGUAUGCCGAGAUUGCCCGGCCCGACGACAGCCUGGAGCCCUUCUUUGACUCCCUGGUGAAGCAGACACGGGUGCCCAACAUCUUCUCCCUGCAGCUCUGCGGGACAGGCUUCUCUCCCAACGACACAGAGGCCGUGGCCUCGGUGGGAGGCAGCAUGAUCAUCGGUGGCAUCGACCGCUCGCUGUACGUGGGUGACAUCUGGUACACCCCCAUCCGCAAGGAGUGGUACUACGAGGUCAUCAUCGUCAAGCUGGAGGUCAACGGGCAGGACCUGAACAUGGACUGCAAGGAGUACAACUACGACAAGAGCAUUGUGGACAGCGGGACCACCAACCUCAGGCUGCCGAAGAAGGUGUUUGAGGCUGCAGUGAAAUCCAUCAAAACGGCAUCUUCGACGGAGAAGUUCCCAGACGGCUUCUGGCUGGGGGAGCAGCUGGUUUGCUGGCAGGUCGGCACCACCCCCUGGCACAUCUUCCCUGUCCUCUCCCUCUACCUGAUGGGGGAGGCCACCAACCAGUCCUUCCGGAUCACCAUCCUGCCCCAGCAAUACCUGCGCCCGGUGGAGGACGUGGCCACCUCUCAGGACGACUGCUACAAGUUUGCCAUCUCCCAGUCCUCCACCGGCACCGUCAUGGGCGCCGUGAUCAUGGAGGGAUUCUACGUGGUGUUCGACCGCGCCCGCAAGCGCAUCGGCUUCGCCGUCAGCGCCUGCCACGUGCACGACGAGUUCCGCACGGCCGCGGUGGACGGGCCCCACCUGCACCCCAACAUGGAGGACUGCGGCUACAACAUCCCGCAGACGGACGAGUCCACGCUGAUGACCAUCGCCUACGUCAUGGCGGCCAUCUGCGCCCUCUUCAUGCUGCCCCUGUGCCUCAUGGUGUUCCAGUGGCGCUGCUUCCGCUGCCUGCGGCGCGACCACGACGACUUCGCUGACGACAUCUCCUUGCUGAAGUGACGGCGGGGCGCAGGUGAGGCAGCAGGGCAGGGGCCUUGCUGCGGGGGCUGGAGCAGUGUGGGGGGCUCGGUGUCCAUCAGGGCCAGCCCCAGGCCCGGGCUGCUUUCAUCUGGGACUGCAGCAGCAGCGUGGCAGCGGGCAGUGGGAGAGCUCAGCAGCCCCAUCCUGGGAGCUGGAGGCAGCUGCUCUGCUCCAGCACCAGGACAGGACCAAGCUCUCCCACCCAGCCUUGCCUGGCUUGAUGGAGUGACGCUGACGAGCCAUCCCCUGCCUGUCCCCCUCCAUCCCUGUGCAUCCCUUUCCAGCUCGCCCCGCCGGGAAGCUGCCAGCCCAGGCUCUCCUGUAGGGAGCUGUGCUGCAGCUGUGCCUCCCCUGUGACUCCCUGCACUGAGCCAGGCUCCAGGGAUCAUCCUGGAGCCACCCAGCCUCGGGCUUUUCAGAGACAGCCCUGCAGGGCCAGCCUGGGCUGCCCAGACAGGGCUUUCCCUCCUACCCUGCUGCCCCUACACCGCUCACUCUCACAUUUCCCUUGCAUUUUCCUGCCUUCCUGAGCUGUGCUGCCGCUGCUGCCGGCCCCAGGACUCACUGCACCCUCCUGGGGCAGGCAGGAGCAGGCACCCAUCCUCUCCGGGGGCAGGCAGGAGCAGGCACCCAUCCUCUCCCGGGACAGGCAGGAGCAGGCACCAUCCUCUCCCGGGACGGGCAGGAGCAGGCACCAUCCUCUCCCCACAUCACAUGGGAUGGGAAACUCCCUGCCCCGGCUUGCAGCAUCAGCAGGGGCUGCCAUGCAGAAGCCAGUGCCAGGUGUGAAUUUCCCAGCCCUGGCACCGGCUGCUCCCCAGCCCACCCAGCCCUUCAAAAGCCAUAGGGGAGCCUGGGCCCCCCCUGCAGCCCCCCAGCUCAGCGCCGGCACAGCAGCUCCUCCCUGCUCACUCCACACGGCCAGGCCUGGCUGUGAGACACCCUGGCACGCCAGGGACAGGCGGCAGCUGCGGGAACUGCAGCGUUUCUUGUUUUGUAAACACAUGGUUGUAUUUAUUUUGGUUUUUUUUUUUACAAAGCGUGUCACUGGUAGCGCAGCUGCGCGUUGAGCGUGUACAGAGCCGGUCCCACGUGUACAGAGCACGGCUGCCUCUCCCCUGUACAGUCUAUCCAUAUAUCUCUAUUUUUACUUCUAGCCCUGAAAGCCACUGUUCCAACGUUAGGGGUCAGUCCUGUUUUGUUUUGGGGUUUUUUUUUAAAUCUUUUUAGCCUUCUGCUCAGUCCUCAGCCACUGCAGGGCUCACGCUGAGCCACGUGUGUGGUGGGAGCAUGUGAUGGUGAGGGGGUCCCAGCUGGCUUGAGGAGGGGGUGCAGGGCUGGAGCACGCAGAGCAGUGGCUCACAAGCCCAAAGGACGCUGAGCACAGCAGGCACCUCUGUCCUCAGAGAGGAUUUUCCAGUGUGUGAGGACAACCCCUCCUCCCCGUGCUGCAGGAUCACCGUCCCCUGCCCCGAGCAGACACCCGUGACCCUGCAGGCAGUGCUAGUGCUGUAUUCCCUUGCUUCUCUGCCUCCAGCCUGCAUAGGAGAGCUCAGACUGAGAUUGCACAAUGAAAGGCAUCACUCCUCCAUGAACAAAGAGGGGAUAGCUGCAGUGCCAGGGCCGAGCUGACCCUGGCAGAGCCACGGGGUCAGGCAGGGACAGACUGAGCACCCACAGCAAUCACCGAGCAUAGAGCUUGGUAAUCAAAUCCCGCAGCCAAACGUUUCUCUGGGAAGGCAGCGAGGGAGCCAGGAAACACAGGCAGAGUGUGAGACCAGCCAGCCCUGCACGGGGCACAGCCACAACAGCCCCCACACUGCCCCUGCUCACACUGAGCCCCCCAGCCUCGCUCCAAACCCCACUCCCUGCAAGAGGACAACGUUCUCCCCCCACCCUCGUGCCUGCCCAGGACCCCCAGGACCCCAGAGACUCUGUUGUGGACCACUGCCUUAAAACACACCCCUGUGGUGGGCGAGCACCGGGGGCUCCCCUGCCCUCCCUGCGGGGCAGAGGGGCUGCCAGCCGUGCCCAGUCCCUGCCACAGCCCGCCAGGAAACGGGGGGGGAUUUUUAGAGAGUCAUUGCAAGAUUGUCAGCGGUGCUGAGCACCUCGCAAUCCCACCGAGAUCCACGGAGAAAGGGUUGGUGAGUCAGCCCGUGCUUUGGGAGGAAGGACAGCAGAGGGGAAGGCAGGAGUUGUGUGACAGGUUUGUCCCUGCGCUCCCUCCCCGGGCCCUGGGACAGGAGGGGACAGGACCGUGGGCUGUCGCUGGAGGCUGCAGUACUCUGUAACCCAGUGUCUAUGUAAGAACAAUGAAUGUUAACACGGUAAAUUAUUAUGACAUUAAAAUAAAUGACCACAAAAAAUUG